UGAGAGAGCCAAUCAAUGUACUGAUCGGGCUCUGUAAGAGAGAGUGAGAGAGCCAAUCAAUGCACUGAUCGGGCUCUGUAAGAGAGAGUGAGAGAGCCAAUCAAUGCACUGAUCGGGCUCUGUAAGAGAGAGUGAGAGAGCCAAUCAAUGCACUGAUCGGGCUCUGUAAGAGAGAGUGAGAGAGCCAAUCAAUGCACUGAUCGUGCGCUGUGAGAGGGUGAGAGAGCCAAUCAAUGCACUCAUCGGGCUCUGUAAGAGAGAGUGAGAGAGCCAAUCAAUGCACUGAUCGUGCGCUGUGAGAGGGUGCGAGAGCCAAUCAAUGCACUGAUCGGGCUCUGUAAGAGAGAGUGAGAGAGCCAAUCAAUGCACUGAUCGGGCUCUGUAAGAGAGAGUGAGAGAGCCAAUCAAUGCACUGAUCGGGCUCUGUAAGAGAGAGUGAAAGAGCCAAUCAAUGCACUGAUCGUGCGCUGUGAGAGAGAGUGAAAGAGUCAAUCAAUGCACUGAUCGCGCGCUGUGAGGGAGUGAGAGAGCCAAUCAAUGCACUGAUCGGGCUCUGUAAGAGAGAGUGAAAGAGCCAAUCAAUGCACUGAUCGGGCUCUGUAAGAGAGUGAAAGAGCCAAUCAAUUCACUGAUCGGGCUCUGUAAGAAAGAGUGAGAGAGCCAAUCAAUGCACUGAUCGUGCGCUGUGCGAGAGUGAAAGAGCCAAUCAAUGCACUGAUCGGGCUCUGUAAGAGAGAGUGAAAGAGCCAAUCAAUGCACUGAUCGGGCUCUGUAAGAAAGAGUGAGAGAGCCAAUCAAUGCACUGAUCGGGCUCUGUAAGAGAGAGUGAAAGAGCCAAUCAAUGCACUGAUCGGGCUCUGUAAGAAAGAGUGAGAGAGCCAAUCAAUGCACUGAUCGGGCUCUGUAAGAGAGAGUGAGAGAGCCAAUCAAUGCACUGAUCGGGCUCUGUAAGAGAGAGUGAGAGAGCCAAUCAAUGCACUGAUCGGGCUCUGUAAGAGAGAGUGAGAGAGCCAAUCAAUGCACUGAUCGGGCUCUGUAAGAGAGAGUGAAAGAGCCAAUCAAUGCACUGAUCGGGCUCUGUAAGAAAGAGUGAGAGAGCCAAUCAAUGCACUGAUCGGGCUCUGUAAGAGAGAGUGAGAGAGCCAAUCAAUGCACUGAUCGGGCUCUGUAAGAGAGAGUGAGAGAGCCAAUCAAUGCACUGAUCGGGCUCUGUAAGAGAGAGUGAGAGAGCCAAUCAAUGCACUGAUCGCGCCGAGGUCGGCUUCACCUUCACGCCGCUCAUCGUCUGCCAUGGCCACGCUGAGGUUCGGGCACCACGUGGUGAGCGCCACCGUGGUGUUCUUGCGGAGCGAGCUCUCCUUCGGCAUCGUCAAUCGCAAGCCCGUGCUUCCGGGCCACGUGCUCGUGUGCCCCUUGCGCCCCGCGGAGCGCCUGUGUGACCUCCGACCCGACGAGGUGAGCGACCUCUUUGUAACGGCGCAGCGGGUGGCGGGGGCCAUCGGCAAGCACUACGGAGCAACGUCGCUCACCCUUGCCGUGCAGGAUGGCCCGGAGGCUGGGCAGACUGUGAAGCACGUCCACGUGCACCUCCUGCCGCGCCACGCCGGGGACUUCUCUCGCAACGACGACGUCUACGUUGAGCUGCAGAACCACGACAGAGUGGAGAGCGAGGAGGAGGCGCCCUUCCGGAGUUUGCCCGACAUGGAGCGAGAGGCGGCGGAGCUGCGCACCUACUUCAUGUGACACCACGGCGGAGCUACAAACCUGCUUCAUGUGACUCCAUGGCAGAGCUACAAACCUGCUUCAUGUGACUCCAUGGGGGAGCUACAAACCUGCUUCACGUGACUCCACGGCGGAGCUACAAACCUGCUUCAUGUGACUCCACGGCGGAGCUACAAACCUGCUUCAUGUGACUCCACGGCGGAGCUACAAACCUGCUUCAUGUGACUCCACGGCGGAGCUACAAACCUGCUUCAUGUGACUCCAUGGCAGAGCUACAAACCUGCUUCAUGUGACUCCACGGCGGAGCUACAAACCUGCUUCAUGUGACUCCACGGCGGAGCUACAAACCUGCUUCAUGUGACUCCACGGCGGAGCUACAAACCUGCUUCAUGUGACUCCAUGGCAGAGCUACAAACCUGCUUCAUGUGACUCCACGGCGGAGCUACAAACCUGCUUCAUGUGACUCCAUGGCAGAGCUACAAACCUGCUUCAUGUGACUCCAUGGGGGAGCUACAAACCUGCUUCACGUGACUCCACGGCGGAGCUACAAACCUGCUUCACGUGACACCACGAUGGAGCUACAAACCUGCUUCAUGUGACACCACGACGGAGCUACAAACCUGCUUCACGUGACACCACGACGGAGCUGCGCACCUACUUCAUGUGACUCCACGGCGGAGCGACAAACCUGCUUCACGUGACUCCACGGCGGAGCUACAAACCUGCUUCACGUGACUCCACGGCGGAGCUACAAACCUGCUUCACGUGACUCCACGGCGGAGCUACAAACCUGCUUCACGUGACUCCACGGCGGAGCUACAAACCUGCUUCAUGUGACUCCACGGCGGAGCUACAAACCUACUUCACGUGACUCCACGACGGAGCUACAAACCUGCUUCAUGUGACUCCACGGCAGAGCUGCGCACCUGUUUCACGUGACACCACGACGGAGCUACAAACCUGCUUCAUGUGACACCACGACGGAGCUACAAACCUGCUUCACGUGACACCACGACGGAGCUGCGCACCUACUUCAUGUGACUCCACGGCGGAGCUACAAACCUGCUUCACGUGACUCCACGGCGGAGCGACAAACCUGCUUCACGUGACACCACGACGGAGCUACAAACCUGCUUCACGUGACGCCACGGCGGAGCGACAAACCUGCUUCACGUGACUCCACGACGGAGCUACAAACCUACUUCAUGUGACUCCACGGCAGAGCUGCUCACCUGCUUCACGUGACACCACGACGGAGCUGCGCACCUACUUCAUGUGACUCCACGGCGGAGCUACAAACCUGCUUCACGUGACGCGAUGGCGGAGCUACAAACCUGCUUCACGUGACGCCACGGCGGAGCGACAAACCUGCUUCACGUGACGCGAUGGCGGAGCUACAAACCUGCUUCACGUGACUCCAUGACGGAGUUACAAACCUGCUUCACGUGACGCCACGGCGCGCCAACACGGCACCCCCCGGCACGAGCACAAGAGCCUUGCAAUAGCUGGACACGUUCCGGCGCGAUCUAAAUGUUGUUGUCAUUGCUACUCAGUGCGGCACUCACUAACAUGGAGCGCCUGUUUAAGGCUGUGCACACGGACGUGGUGUGGCGAGUAGCGGCACGCCGCUCCUCACACACCCGGCAUGCUAGAGCCACACACACACACACCCACACACACACACACACCCACACACACACCCACACACACA